AUGAAGCUCCUAAGAAACGAUGAUAAGUAAUUAUAAGUUACCUAGAUUAUUGUAAGCACUUUCAUUUUUUGGGUUGAUUUAUAGGGCUAAUUCAAAGCAAAUUAUAGCUUCAUCAAAUUUAUUUAGAUUCUUUAAUGUAAGGCCUUUGAAAUUUAUAGGUAAUCCAAAAUACCUUUCAAAUGA